AUGAAGCAGCCAGCGGUCCGCACAGCCGCAGCCAACCAGGCAGUCUCCUCGCUCAUCCCUCUGCUACUCCGUUGGCCAGCUAGCUACCGUGGGAUGGGUGGAUAUGGAGGGAUAAACGGCGGCGGCGUCGGCGUCGGCGUAAGCGUAGGCGUAGGCGUGGGCGGAAUGGACCCCACCCGCAGCCCCGAAGCCUCGAGCGGCCCUCGACCCCAUCUCGUCCUCAACACGCGCGACCUGACGCCGCGCCAGCUCCCGCUGCCCCCGCUCCCCAUCAGCUUGAAAGAUGCCUUUCACGCCUUCCAGCCGCCGCCCAAGCCCCAGCCCCGUCUUGACACUGAGCCGCUUAACCACUCCUUGACUGCCCGGCCUGUCUCCGCGCCGAGCUCGCAUUCGAGCGGUUCUGGCUCGGGGUCGUCGCUUGUUACGCCGGCUCAUACUCCGCAUACUCCCCCGGGCCAUACUGCUCACGCCGCGCAUGCUGGACCGACGCAGUAUGGCUCGGCCAGCGGUGGUGGACAGCAGUAUCCCGCGGGACAGUACUAUCCCCCCCACUACUAUUACGGGUACUACGACUACUCGCACCCUUACUACUCCUAUCCUCAUGCUCGUGAGAGGGCCGCGUCGCCGCCGACACCCAAGCCUGAGCCAGCGACCUAG